AUGGCAGAAAGAGUGACCCUUUUCGUCUACGAUUUAUCGCAGGGAAUGGCACGGAACAUGUCCCAAAGUCUUGUAGGCCGCCAGAUCGACGCCAUCUAUCACACAUCGGUCGUCGUGUUCGGGCGAGAAUUCUAUUAUGGGCAGGGCAUCAUGAGUGCCAUUCCAGGAACAACUCUCCACGGACAGCCUAUGGAGCAAGUCAAUAUGGGCGAAACUGAGAUUCCUCAGGAGGUCUUUAUGGAGUUCAUGGACGAGAUGCGUGAGACCUACACCGCGGGCGCAUAUCAUCUCUUGGACAACAACUGCAACAACUUUACAAACGAUGUCUGCAAGUUUCUCGUUGGAAAACCUAUCCCGAGUAACAUCACCUCCUUACCCGCCGACUUUCUCAACACACCCUUUGGACAGAUGAUGCGACCCAUGAUCGAGAACAUGUUUGGACCGAGUCGCCAUGUACCUUCAGUUCCGUUCAUAACAGAUCUCAGUCAGCUGCAAAGCAUCGUCCGACAGAAUGCUGCCACGGUCGUCUAUUUCACCUCAGCGACUUGUCCACCGUGUAGAAUAAUUGCACCCGUUUUCGACGAGAUCGUCUUGUCCAAGGACAAAGAGAUAAAGGGUGUCAAGGUAGAUGUAGGGGUGGCACAGGCCAUCGGAAGGGAAUAUGGGAUCCAAUCCACCCCAACGUUCGUGUUUUUCUUAUUCGGAAAAGAAUCCUCGCGGUUCUCGGGAGCGGAUCAGGCUGAGCUCAGGAGUUGUAUCGACGUACUCAUUUACAGUACUCACCCAGCUCAUCCACAUAAACGGCUGGAUCUGGUUUUUUACAAAUCACUCCCAACAAUUCCAGCCCUCUUCCAACCUCCUGAAUCUGCGGAUGCCGUAGACGCCGUGUUUACGAAACUAAAGACUUUUCUGCCUCAAGAGAACAGUCUUUCAGAGGCUGAUAUGAAACAACUGGACAAGAUCCAUUUAUGGCUCAAAAAACGUAUUACUGCAAAGACUGACAAGUCUGCGGAGCCGACCAUGGUAGAGCUGGGAUUGUUACCCUACGAAAAACAAUUUCCUCUGCUAGACAUCCUCCGGAUGUUAAUUCUCCACCAUCGCGUCGCAGAGGUGUACGCCAAGGACGGAAACCAGACCCUGAUCAAAAUGUUUAAUGCCGUGGCCGACAACGGCUACGGCGCCUCCAAACCAGCGACCCUCAUGACCCUUCGCAUCGCCUGCAAUUCCUUCAGUAGCCCUCUUCUCAGCACCUAUAUCCUCUCCUCCGUGGCGCGUGAGUCGACAAAACAGCUUUUGGUCAACACCCUUCUGUCCGACGUUGAUCAACACAGACAGACCGCUUCCUCUCUCGCAUUCAAUAUCGGUCUCAAGAUUGGAGAGUCGAGAGCCAAGCCCUUGGAUACUCUCACGCCUUCUCUCUCCGGCGACCCGCUCGAGAGCUUGGAGGCAGACUGGAACAUGGAAUGCUUAAGCGCUAUUGCAGAGGCGAUCAACAAGGAGGAUUCAGAGGAGAUUCUUUAUCGACUGGUCGCCUCGGUCGCCCAGUUUAUCCACAUGGAGGAGAGCUAUGUAGGAGCACACCUGAUGAACGCCUUGGACCUACCCAAGACGCUAGAGACCAAGAUCCAGAAUAAGCUGGUCAAGCGUCCCGAAGUGACAGGGCUGUGUCGCGAGGUUCAGGAGAUGAUCCGGACAGCUGCUGCAGAGUACAAAUAG